GGAGUUGAGUGCGUUGAGUUGAGUUGAGUUGAGUUACCAGUUGAGGCGCGUCAUUCGUGGGGGGUAGCAACUUAAUCGAUUGGAGGCUUUGCUUGCGCUCAAUUUUGGGAGGGACUUUGGGCAGCGUCCCUGCAGCCUUGCAACGCAACAGGCGGACUGGGAAGACCCAGGGCAGGAUAGGACGACACAGCACAUGGCGACAUAGAGUCCCCACCAGCCCUACCUCUAUCGUCACAAAAGCAAAAGACCUCUUGCGCUCUCGCAUCACUACCUUUCCUUCAAGAAACCCACUCAAGUUCCGCCGUAAUUCCCACACUCCACCCAAUGGCCGACCCACACUCCCCCUCAGACACUCACCCCACCACAACCACCUCCUCCUCCUCCAACGACAACUCUCAACCAUGGCACCACUACGCAACCCCAACAACCCCUCUCCGACUAGAGAACGGUGACCUGCCAGAGAGUUUUCCUUGGCACGUCACCGCGACGAAGGAAUAUCCCGUGGGACUCGGGGUGGGGGUGCCGUUUCCGACCCCGCCUGUGCUGGAGAGUGGGGAGGGGACGACAACGCCUUUUUGGUACCGGGAAGCAACGAGGAAGAGACCAGUCCGAGUGUCCUCACCCGCGCGGUCCCCACACACCCACACCCCCGAUGACUCCCAAGAAGACGCCCUCAAAUUCCCCUUCCUCGCCGGCGUCGGCACCGCCUCAUCCCCAUUCCGCCUCAAACCACGUCGCCAAAAACCAGGCAACGGCACCUCGGCCCCAACCUCCUCCUUCCUCCGCCGCACGAUCAGCACCGACGCCAUGAGCACCACAUCGUCCCCGUCCCGCAUCCUAGCGAAAUACCCCACAUCCGAAUACGCGUAUGAGAGCGAGGACGCGGAAUCCACGUCGGGCGAGACGGUGCUCACCACCCGAUCAGAGCCUGUGAAUCUGUCAAAGGCGGCCAUGCGCAAUCGACAUCGGUAUGGCCUUGUGGGGAUUGGACUUGGGUUAGGUGUUGGGCAUAGGAUCAAUAACGUCGUGCCGCCGCCCUUACCUGCCCCGCCUAUUCCUGCCGAGAGUCACGUUGCAAUCGAAGAACGAUCGCCCCGCUUCGUCCCAGAGCAUGCGCGAACAGCCGGUGAACUCUCCGAACGCCAUCUGGCAAAAUCUGAACUCGCUGAUCGGCGACAGGACGUACAGAUGUGGCUCAACACCAUCAUGCCGGACGCGACCGGACAAACCAUUCAUACACCCGUAUCCCCUGCUCAUUCCAUCCGCCGUCAAACGUCCCAAUCGGCAUUGGGUGUGAAGUAUAUCCUCCCCGUCGCCGCCGUGGCUGCUGUGGAUGUGGAGGGGAGCAAGGGCCGGGCGGUUGAUCAGGUUGUGCAGAGUGCUGAUGCGAUUCGACCGACGUUCAUUCUGCCGACUGCUCAGGCUCGCCGUUCGGAAGUCAAAGUCGAAGAGGACGCCCACCACCGGUCGGUAGAUGGAAUCAGCAGCUCGUGCAAAACGAUCGUCCCGACGUUCAUCGUACCGACAGCGCAGGGCUAUACAUCUCAAAUCGAAAUCAACGCGCACCGCGAGGUAGACGGGAUCACUAAAUCCACCGACGCGAUUGUUCCGGAGUUUAUCUUGCCGACAGCUCAGGCGUGUACUUCCGAUAUCUCAUACACGCCUAAAACCACGCUUCAUGUACUACCUGUACCCUCCACGCCCGUCACCGAGGUUCUUCCCUCUGGUGCCGAUGCUACGGUCGUGGUUACAGACACGGCACCAUCAAAACCAAAGACCGACGCGUCCACAGCCCAUCUUACCGAGAUACCUCCACUAGACGUCAAACAAGCGACCCCGCCCAUCGCCCCACCCGCUGCAGAACCAGUCGACGGCGGCUUCGAGCCCGGCCCGCGUCCCCAUCUCAAACGACGUACUCGGUCCCUCAGGAUCUCGCAGGAGCAGGGCGUCGACAGCAUUUCCCGUGAACCAUCACAGGACGUGAAUGCAGCACGCGCGGUAAGCGAGAUUCUGGGAUCCUACGGUAACGACACACUUGACCGACCACAACAACCCCAGUUUUCGGCAGCCAAAGCGAUAUCUGCCAAGAUCAUGAACGCCCGGGGGCAACUGUCACCUAACGGGGGGACCCUGAACACGGAUGCCAUUCAAUAUACCGUCCGUAACUCCACUUACUCCGACACCUGCACGAGCGGGGUCGGCACCGCUGUCGAUAGCGGGGUUGGCGAUCUGCGUCGGUCCCAGGAUGUCACGGAGGCGAUGUAUACUGGAAAAUCCGCCGAGGAUACGGGUCACCAGGUUAUGAUGGCCCACAACGACUUAAACGCAUCGACGUCCUCGCUCAUGAGCCAUCUGCGCAACGUGAUUGCCGCCCGGGCCGAGGUGGCGGUGACUGAUCCGGGGGCGUAUGUGAAGCCGGUUGCAAGGGGGUUGCCGAGGUGGUUGGAGGCGUCCAAAGGCCAGCAGCAGAGACGGUUAUCCCUCGAUAUUGCUAGCAGGCCGACUGGGUAUGCGGCGGGCCUGGGCACCAAACACCAGUUUAGUAAAUCGCAGAACGAUGUUUCGCAUCAUACUCUGGGAGACGGGCGGCAACAUGAAGAUGAUGACAUGUGGGCCCGUCGAUACAGUGAUAGAACAGACACCGAACCCCCGGAACCCCACCAUUACCAAGUUCAAGACGUCGAAGCCGCCCCUCCCCGUUCCUCCCUUUCCCACCCGCAACCCAACCCCCUCACAACAACAACAACAACCCACCAAAACCGUCCGGGCCUCCUCGCCUUCCUCGUAUCCCUCGCCGCAUCCCUCGCGUACAUCUCAACCUGGUCAGUCCUGAACCUGACAGCAGCAAUGAUGAUCCGCGCCCCACCGUUCGGACCCGGGCUGACGAGCAUGAUGGCCGCGGGCUUUCCGCAAAUGGCGUUUCUGGUGCCGGGGGUCGGGGGAGUGCCUGUUUGGAUUUAUAUCGGCGGUAUGCUGGGUUAUAGGGCUUUUUGCUGACCCCUGAUUUUUUUCCCCUUUUGGUAGUCCAUCACGCCCGUUGACGUUUUCACUCAUCCUCCUUACACUCUUCACGGCGCUCAACACGGCCACGACCUCCUGGAACGCCGUCAUCCUCCUGCACGCGUGCGCCGGCCUCGUCAGCGGGGGCGUCCUCCCGCUGUCCUUCUCGGUGAUCCGGAAG